AUGGAAGUAAAAGAAUAUGAGGAGUUGGCAAAGAGGAUUUGUAAAGAGGAGAUGGAUACUGUGAGGGAGAUUUUGGGGGGAAGUUUGGGGAAGAUUAUUUUUUUGUUGCGGAGGAUGAUGAGGGGGGAUAGAGAGGGGAGGGUUCAGCCGGUUAGGGCGAGGGAGGUGCUUGGGGGGGUGGUGGAGGGGUUUAGAGGGGGGGUUUGA